AAGGCUUAACGCCCGCCUAAUUCCCAGUCCCGAGCGAACAUUGUCGGCGAACCUAUUCAUCUCCGGCGAGAGCAAUGGCAGCUACAGAAGACCAAAUCUCGCCGGCCAAAAUCGAAACCGAGGCGGAUGCGGUGAAACUAGAAGAGGAAGAAGAAGAAGACGACGAGCACGAUUCGAAGGAGAGAGUACUACAGAGAUACUUCCUACAAGAAUGGAAUCUCGUCAAAUCCCUUCUCGACGACAUCGUCUCGAACGGCCGCGUCGUCGUUCCUUCCUCCGUUCAGAAGAUCCAAUCCAUCAUGGAUAAGUACCAGGAGCAAGGUCAACUAGUGGAGCCUUACUUAGAGAGCAUAGUCUCUCCACUGAUGCUGAUCAUCCGCUCCAAAAUAUCUGAGCUGGAUUCAAGAUCCGAUGAGAUUCUAAAAAUAAUCAAGCCUAUAUGCAUUAUCAUCUACACGUUAGUCACUGUGUGCGGUUACAAAUCUGUAAUUAAGUUCUUUCCGCAUCAAGUCUCCGAUCUUGAGCUCGCCGUGUUGCUUCUCGAGAAGUGCCAUAGCACGAGUUCUGGUUCUUCGUUGAGGCAGGAGAGCACUGGGGAGAUGGAGGCUAAAUGUGUGACUCUCUUGUGGCUUUCGAUCCUUGUGUUGGUGCCGUUUGAUAUUUCUUCGGUUGACACGAGUAUUGCGGAGGAUGAGAGUUUUUGUGUGGGAGAUAUUGCUCCUCUUGUGUUGAAGAUUUUGGGGUUUUGUAAGGAUUAUCUUUGUAGUUCUGGACCGAUGAGGAGGAUAUCGGGGUUGCUGCUGUCGAAGCUCUUGACGCGUCCCGAUAUGGGGAAGGCGUUCACAAGUUUUGUUGAGUGGACAGAUGAAGUUUUAUCUUCUAAGGAAGAUAGUGUGGUGAACCACUUUCGCUUGCUUGGUGUGAUGGAGGCUCUGGCUGCUAUUUUUAAGACUGCUAGCCGGAAACUGUUGCUGGAUGUGCUUCCUACUGUUUUGAAUAAUGUGACCGUGCUAAGCAAAUCCAGUGCAGCAACUAGAAGUCCUCUGCUUCGCAAGUAUUUGAUCAAGUUAACUCAGAGGAUAGGGCUUGUUUGUCUUCCUCAUCGCUUACCUUCCUGGCGAUAUGUGGCUCGAACCGCCUCCCUUUCUGAAAAUAUAUCUACGGGUCCGACCCAGAGAUUGGCGCCUGAUCAUGCUGGUGCUGCCGUCUCACAACCAGAAUGUACGGAUGACCAAGAGGAUGAAGAUAUGGAUGUUCCUGAAAUCUUAGAAGAGAUAAUUGAAAUGCUACUCUCUGGUCUGAGGGACACGGAUACGGUGGUUCGUUGGUCUGCUGCAAAGGGUAUAGGUCGUGUAUCUUCACGGCUAACAUCUGUUCUUUCCGAAGAGGUUCUGUCAUCUGUAUUGGAGCUGUUUUCACCAGGAGAGGGAGAUGGUUCAUGGCAUGGGGGUUGUUUGGCUUUAGCCGAACUGGCUCGUAGAGGGUUGCUGUUGCCCAGAAGUUUCCCACAAGUUGUCCCAAUUAUUGUGAAGGCACUCCAUUAUGAUGUCCGGAGAGGUCCGCACAGUGUUGGAUCUCAUGUGCGUGAUGCAGCGGCUUAUGUUUGCUGGGCAUUUGGGCGUGCCUAUUACCACAAAGAUAUGAAAAACGUGCUGUAUCAGCUUGCUCCAGAUUUAUUGAUAGUGGGUUCCUUUGAUAGAGAGGUGAACUGUAGAAGGGCUGCUGCCGCUGCUUUCCAAGAGAAUGUUGGAAGGCAAGGAAACUACCCUCAUGGGAUUGACAUAGUGAACAUAGCUGACUAUUUUUCCCUUUCGUCUCGGGUGAACUCUUACCUUCAGGUUGCUGUUUCCAUUGCUCAGUAUGAAGGAUAUCUCUAUCCUUUUGUAGAUGAAUUGCUAUACAACAAGAUCUGCCACUGGGAUAAAAGCUUGAGAGAACUCGCUGCAAAAGCCCUUGCUGCUCUUGUUAAGUACGAGCCUGAGUACUUCGUCAACUAUGUGCUGGAGAAACUGAUUCCUUGUACCCUUUCAACUGAUUUGUGCAUGCGCCAUGGUGCCACAUUGGCAGCUGGAGAGGUUGUGUUAGCUGUGCACCAGUGUGGCUAUGUCCUUUCUGCUGAUAGCCAUAAGCGUAUUGCUGGCAUUGUCCCUGCCAUUGAGAAAGCACGCCUUUACCGUGGAAAAGGGGGAGAAAUAAUGCGGCUGGCUGUCUCACGGUUUAUCGAGUGUAUCUCGUCAUCGCAUGUGGCAUUAUCUGAGAGAACCGAACGGAUCCUGCUUGAUACCCUCACUGUGAAUCUAGGACAUCCCAAUUCUCAGAUACAGAAUGCAGCUGUCAGUGCUGUUCAACAGCUUGUGCAAUCCUAUCUAAUUGGCAAUGAUAAGAAAGCUGCUGAUUUAAUAUCAAAACACCUGAAACAUCUAACGGACCCAAACGUAGCUGUUCGGAGAGGUUCUGCACUUGCACUAGGUGUUUUGCCGUAUGAACUAUUGAUUGCAAAAUGGAAGGAUGUACUGUUGAAGCUCUGCGGUGCCUGUAUGAUAGAGGCGAAUCCUGAAGAUAGAGAUGCUGAGGCACGCAUGAAUGCUGUAAAAGGACUCACGUCCGUGUGUGAGAGUCUUACUCAGCGAAGAGCUAGUGAUCCUGAAAACGAUGACCUGUCUCUUUUUAUUCUUAUCAAGACUGAAGUGAUGGAUACUUUACUGAAAGCUCUUGAUGACUAUUCAGUUGAUAACAGAGGUGAUGUAGGUUCUUGGGUUCGUGAAGCUGCAAUCCAUGGACUUGAGAAAUGUACAUACAUUCUCUGUAAGAAAGCCGGAGAUCAUACCAAUGAUUCAUCCUCGCUUUUUGAUUCAAACCUCGCAAACCGUUUGAUUGGAGGUAUUUUGAAGCAAGGUGUGGAGAAAAUGGAUAAGUUGAGAGAAACAGCUGCGAAAGCUCUUCAAAGGAUUCUGUAUCACGUAACAGUAACUGUCCCUUUCAUACCUUAUAGAGAAAAACUGGAAGAGAUUAUUCCCAACCAAGAAGGCCUACGAUGGGCGGUGCCGACUUUCUCUUUCCCACGUUUCGUUCAGCUGUUAGCCUUCCCUUGUUACAGCAAAGGGGUGAUGUCUGGAUUAGUAAUCUCGGCUGGAGGAUUACAAAAAUCACUUAAAGAGGCUUCAUUCUCUGCAUUGCUGCAGUAUCUGGGGGAAGGUGGAGCUAAUGAACAACGAGCAAGAGAGUCUGCAAUGUGCGACGACAUCCUCUGGAUACUUCAAGAGUACAAGAAAUGUGACCGAGCUAUUGUACCCUGUCUAAAGACAAUCGAGGAGCUCUUGGAUGAAAAGAUGUUUCAGAAUGAAGAGGCUUAUACGCUGAGUUUCUAUAAGGGAGUAGUGGAUGCGUUAGCCAUCGAACUCAGAGCCUCAAAGAUAUUCGCAAAGUUAGAGGCAGGCGUUGUAAUACUUGGGUAUAUUGCAUCAGUCUCGGAGCCCGUCAGCAAACAAGCCUUCUCUCAGCUUCUAUCAUUCCUUGCUCACCGAUACCCAAAGAUUCGAGAGAAGGCGGCUGAAGAAGCCUGUCUUGCGCUCGUUCGAAACAAAACCUUAGUAACAGAGGACAAGAUUGAGAGAGUGAAAGAUGUGAUAACUACGCCUUGUUGGGAAGCUGGCAUGGAACUAACCCAAUCUCAGAAGUUGGAGUUGUGUGAAUUGGCUGGUUUAGAGCAUGGAGUAGUGUUCAGGACCAGAAGCAGAACGGUGACUAAGACCAUGACGGCUUCGGACGAGAAUGCGUCUUACUCAGCUCUGGUCGAUUCCUCUGGCUUCUGAUUGAGUAAGCAUAUGCAUGCAUUGUCCUUGAGUGAUUUUGAGUACUAUAUUUUUCUUUUGUUUCGUUUCCAAGGUGAUGAAAUUUAGUAAAUUUAAAUGUAUUAUGAUGUAACAUUCAAAAUAAGUUAUGAACGCUUUUGAAAUUGUGUGGGUAUAAGAAGAGGUGAUUCUUUUUACUUG